ACCAGAUCCUUACAGCACUCUGCAACAUGAAGUUUAUGGUUCUCGCCGUCGUUGUGGCCGUGGCCAGCGCCGCCCCCCAGUACGCCGCCCCUCAGGCACCUACCCGCUAUUCAGAGUCAAGUGAAGAGGUGGCCAUUCUGAGGCACGAUUUUGUACCUGGGGACGCCGGCGCCUACAAGCUUGAUGUGGAGACUGCCAACGGCAUCGUUGUAUCCCAAGCUGGCGCUCCCAGUGGCCCUGAGGGCGCUGUGGUCAAGACCGGACAGUAUUCCUACACUGCACCUGACGGCACUCCCGUCGUUGUGAAGUUCGUCGCCGACGAGAACGGCUACCAGCCCCAAUCUGACCUGCUGCCAGUGGCUCCUGAGUUCCCCCACCCAAUCCCCCAGUUCGUGCUGGACCAGAUCGCCUUCGCCGCUCAGGAGGACGCUGCCGCCGCUCGCGGCAAGUCGGGUCCUUCUGCUAGCUACGGUCCUCCACUGUAAACACUUACACUCAACGAAUGUUUUCGUAUAAAUUGACCACGUAACGUCUGCAUUACUGAUAUUUCUCGUUAUUUAUUCUUUAUGCUGUACAUACUAGCUCAUAUAUAAAUACAUUUAUAAAAACAAUA